GUCGUGUACUGUGCAUGUGAUUUAGGCGUUUGACAAGUGACAAGUGAAUAUCAACGUUUGCGAAGGAAAUAGGCCUACUUCUUUCCCCCUCAGUCUUGUGUUUAGUAACGACAGAGUCCUUAGCCAUGCUUAGACGUCCCAAGCCGGGAGAGACCGAGGAGGACUUGUUGAGACAGCAGCAGGAGUUCCUGGCACAACAGCAGACAGCAGCUGCAACGGUGGUGAAACGCCCAGACAAACGGAAACCUUCAGCUGAUGGCAGCGAUUCAGCAGACAAGGUGAUUAGCGUAAAGAAGGAUGUGGUGCAACUUGCAGGGCUACCUUUGUCGUCCACUGUGUUUGAAUCUUCAGGUGGUCCUCAAAAGAAAAAAUCAAGAUUCAAAGAGCAACAAACAACGGUGAGUGGUGGUCAGCGAGUGACCUUUGACCUUGAUGAGGAUGAAGUUGACCCGGAAGAAGCGAUGGAAAAAAGGGACACACAUAUAACAUCAGUCUUAACCAAAAUUAUGGAGCGUGACGCAGCUCCAACUACAAGAUUCCUGCCUCAAACAACCAAUCAGGGGUUUCCAACAGUGCUUCACAGGGGCACUGGCAAGCAGCAAGCAUCAGGCCCAUCCAAGACCAAGAAGAAAAAGAGUUUAUUUGCCCAGCAGUUUGACAGCUCCUCCCCCUCCAGUUUUGGGGUCACUGCCCACCACCAAACCACCCCAUCACCAACGCCGAGGACUGCAAAUGGCCAAAGUCCCGAUGAUAUGCGGGAAAACAAGGAGAGUGACAACAUGGGCGCAUCCCCGGGGAUAAGCGGAUCAUCAAGUCAGGAUUGGGAGGAGAUCGACCAUGAAAAUAUGGCGACAUUAUCGAAGAUGUCGGAGGCAGAAAUACUGGCGGAACAGAGGAAACUGAAAGCAAUGCUCGAUCCCAGUCUAGUUUCAUUCAUCCAAUCGAGGAACAAGCAAAAGCCAGAAGCCACUAGCAGUGCAUCAACCUCACAAACAGACUCUACUGAAAUGACAGAACCCAUGGAAACAGAGCACUCUGCCAAUGACAAGUCACAGUGCACACACCCAGAGGAACCAACACCCAACGCUGCAGCAGCGGGUCUGCCUGGAAGUGACACAGUCUCUGAUGUCAAAGAAUCGGACAGGAUGGAUGAAGAAUCUGUUCAACCCCCUAUCAGAGUGGGGGAUAAGUGGGUUCACAUGGACCAGGCUGAACCAGACAAGUUGGAGUGGAUGAAGGAUCUGCCCAAGCCCUCAGCCAAGUCCAAGGAAGGCGCCCAGGGCAGGUUUGACUUCAACGGUCAGCUGGUAGCCAGAGACGCCCAGAUACCAGUCAGGGAAGGGUUACAUCACCAUGGAGACGAGCAAGAGGUUCCAGGAUAUUCUUUGGAGGAGUUAUUCACCUUGUCUCGCAGUGCUGUCACACAACAGCGAGUACUGGCCCUACAGACACUGGCAAGGGUCAUCUAUAAUUGCCGACUGAAUCAGCUAGGGGGAGAACUCUUGGAGCCCCUGAUACCCAAGCUCCUUGAGGCAGGGGUACUGUUCCUCCUGAGAUGGUCUCUAGAUGACAGUAAUGAGGGGGUGAUUGCAGCAACCAUGGAAGGCCUAGCAGCGCUGCUCAUACAACCAGGGGAUGAGAGCACACUGGACAGGGUGUUUGGUUGGCACCGGGGUAUGGAGACCACACCCAUGCAUCCCGUCUCCGUCCUGAAUGACGCCGAAGAUGUGACUGAAGAAGGGGAGGAGAUACAGGAGAAGGACAAGACGGAUCCUCAGAUCGCCAAGCAGGAUGCUAUCAAGGGACUGUUACGCAUGAAGGUUCUACCGAGGCUUCGCUACAUACUGGAGGUAGUCCGGCCUCCUGCUCCCGUAGUCCUGAAUGCUUUGGCCAUCCUUGUCAGAGUCUGUCGCCACUCCCAAGAAGCUGCACACGAGGUCAUGAAGUGUCCCCGACUCAUGCCAACCAUCCUGGACCAGUUUUUACCAACUGCGGCUUGGAAACAUCAGGAGGGUAUUGUGAGUGAUGUCUAUGGCUAUCCGGUGGUACUGGCAAUGAAGCUAAUCAAAGUGCUUUGUGUGGCUGGAAGGAACAUUGCUGCAUCUCUUCUUUCCAGUGGCAGGCUGAUGGCGUCCAUUGUGCGAUACAUUACCGUUGACCCACCAGACAUGCAGCUGAACAUUGCAGAAGCAUACGAGCUGAGCACUGCCAGCCUGCAUGUGUGGAGGGUGUGUGUGGACUACGGACUGGCUUGUGAUGAGUACAGAGAGCUAUAUCCACUGUUGAUGCAGCAACUCAUGCUGUUCCGGAGAUUGUCUGUCCUCCCCCAGCUUUCUUCCGAUGAAGAGUCCGAUGCUGCUGUGCAUAGGUUGCAGAUGAACCGAGCUGCAGCAUUCAUCGGUUUACUAGAGGGAGUGGUGAAUGUUGCUGGAACAGCCGCUGAACUGCAAGCCAAUUUUUCAAUGAGUAAUGACAAGACGCAGGCAACCGCAUCUGGACCUCAAGCAGCACCCCCAAGCAUCAACUGGAGCCACGUCAGCGGCCUCGAGGCGCCUCUUGAAUUUUGUUGUAUGAGGUGGCUGGGUGAGAUGACAGACACUACCCGGAGCCUGGACGCCGAGGUCAUGGACAUGGUCUCCUGUCUGCUCAACCUCCUAGCAUCCUUCUAUGCCAGAUACACACAGCAGGCGUGUUACCGGCCAAUUGAGUGUUUGCACAACAUUGAGAAGUUGGUUGACUGUACACUAGUGCCCUUCAUGACGUCGGCGACCUUCUUCAAUGUCAUGGUCAACCUCAAACUUCAGUCCACACUGCGGUUCAAAGAAGAGGAGAUGUCCCUAUCUGCACCGUCAUUGCCGGAGUUUGGUUGCGACCCCCAUAACCAAGAUAGGAACUACCCGUCCGUGAGGAAAGACUCGUCGUGUGGUCUAGCCAUCGGACUUCUUAGAUUGGUCCACACGCUACUGAAGAUUCACAAGGGUGUUGCUAAGAAGUUUUGUCCAAUUGUUGAGAACACCUACGUGACGGCAUAUCUGAAGAGGAUCUGUAAGAACACUCAGAAGCCCUCCACCCACCUCGCAUGCAGUUUUGCCAGAUUUGAGCAUCAGGCUUUGUACUACCUCCUGAGACUCUAUCAUAGUGUGGCACAGCAAGCUGAGAGCUGCCAUCAAUACAGCAUCCUCUACCACAGUGCAGCUUUGUCACUCUUUGCUCGCCUACAACCUGGGGACGAGUACUACGUCCAUGAUCUCAUGUCCAGUGUCCUGUUCAACACAGAUUUCAUCGCCGAAGGCAGAAUCGGCGACCCCAUUGCAGCUGACUUGGCAGAUCGUCUCAGCAUGACCGCUACCGAGCCAUCAACAGCUCCUAGUCUGAUCCACACCGGACCUAGUCGUGGCCAGCUACUACAGACUGCCUAUGAGCAUCUAGUUGGUAUCCGCAACCUCUACAUGGUGUUUUUUGGGACAGACGUGGAGGGGUUGGCCAAAUCGAGAUCCAGGUCAUUACAUCAACCACACAGGAUUGAUUCAUUCAUGCUACCAGCCUUCACCGGUGCCCUGCUGCCUGUGGACUGGAUAUUCCUGCCACUCCUUCACUUGUACACAGAAGCACAAAAGGCUGAGAUGCAUGGGAAGUCAGUCAAGGCCCUGCCUCCCCACAUCCUGAGUGCGUUGGUGGACACGUUACGUUGGAUCUACAUGUUGGAGACGUGGAGGCCCGAGAGUCUCAAGAUGGUUCCGCAGGCGGCAAAGAUUGCUCGCAUAUUUUGUGUCUUCCUCACAGGGAGUGACUUGUUCUUAGAAGACUCAGUCCGCCAUUACCUCACCCCUCUACUGAGAAUCUACACUCAACCAGACUACCUGAAGCUGCUGGACUUUGACGCCCCAGUGCCGGGAGUCACAUCGUUCUAUGACCUUUUCAUGGAACUAUUGACCCAGUAUGAGGCAGUCUCCUUCGGUGAUCCCCUGUUCGCUCACUUUGUGCUCUUGCCGAUGCAGCAGAGAUUCAGCGUAGGGAUACGCAAAGCUCUGUGGUGUGAACACGCUGACGCGCUCAGGGCUCUCAACCUUCCCGUCUCGCAGCUGAUCUUGCCGAUUGAGAACUACCUGUAUCCCCGGGAAACCAACCUAGAGCUCUUGACGAUCUACAUGAGCUCGCUCAUCAACGGCGUGGUCAGGCAGCCAUGGUCCCCAAUCAUGUAUCUCAUGGCACUCCAUCACCUGACUGGAUUUCUCUUCAGUGGAACCAGUUCAGACCAGAGUGAAGCGGUUCGUGCCAGACUCAAGCUGCUCAGGCAGGUGCUGGCUGUCAAGGACCAGUUGAUACUGAACCACCUUACAUGCUACCAAGGUCCUGAUGUCUCAUCACCCCACGGAUUCAGUCUUUAUCCUUCCAUCCCACCGGAGAGAGCUGCUAUCUUGGAAGCUGCACAGAAGAGGUAGCACAUGGCCACGGAUUGCAUGGAUCAUGGCUGUCAGUAAAGUUGAAGAGUACUUUGUAGGUAAGUACAUGUAUUGCUUGUGAUUCUUUACAAACAUAUU